ACGUUGCAUGUAUUCAGUGUCAUGUGUUUCUACGUAAACUCGUUCGAGAAUAUUACGAACGUUGCAAGAGGAAAGGAAAAAAUCUCGUCAGAUUGGAAGCCGUUGUAGUUAGCAACCCGCUACAGUUGACCGAUACAUUGUUACUGAAUUAACAAUUACAUUUAUUUCCUAAUGGAUUGAUCCGGUAAGGAACCUUUUAUCGUGCUGCGGGCUUCAGACCUCAUCCUACCAUUCUUUCUGGAAGGGGUCAUGGCACAAAAAAUAUGCCCGUCCGAACUUUCUCACUUGUCUGAUUUCCAAGAAACAGACCUAAAUGCGGAGCAGGACUCCGGAGUGGAAGAUGCUGAUGACGAUGAUGGCAGUAGUAGUGCCAACAUCUCUGCACAGACCUCCAUCAUGGAGGAAGAGGAACAUUCUCUUAUAUUCGUUUCCUUCAAGGGAAACAUGGACGAUGAAGACUUCAAACACAAACUGGACAACGUCUUGAAUGGGAUCCCAGACAUGCUACAAUUAGGCCCUGAGAGACUGCAGCCCCGUCGUGUCGAACCAUGGAACAGUGUACGAGUCACCUUCAACAUCCCUCGGGAGGCUGCAGAGCGACUCCGCCUCCUGGCUCAAAACAAUCAACAGCAGUUAAGGGACCUUGGGAUCCUCUCUGUACAAAUAGAGGGCGAGGGGGCAAUCAAUGUUGGCCUGGCACAGAAUCGAGGCCAGGAUGUCAGGGUGAACGGACCUGUAGGACCACCUGGACAGACACGGAUGGAUGUGGGGUUCCCCAUGCAACAAGGGCCAGGAGGCAUCCGAAUGAACAACCCUCAGGUUUCUAUGGUGCCCCCAGGUCCAGGCCAAGGAAUGGUUCCUGGGGGAAGUGGACAGAUGCACCCAAGGGCUCAAAGACCUCCCUCACAGACAGAUGCUAUGGACCCUAUGAUGUCAGGUAUGGUUGUCCAACAGCAGCAGCAGCAGCAGCAGCAACUUCAGCACCCACAGGCUCCCCAUAUGCCUCCAAACCCCAUGGGUCCUCAGGGUCACCACAUGCAAGCCAUGCAGGCUAACAGGCAGCUAAACCCAGCCGCCCUGCAGCAUCUGCAGCAACAACAGCAGCAGCAGCAACAUCAGCAGCAGCAGCAGCAGCAGCAACAACAACAGGCCCAGCUGGCUCAGCUUGGCGGUGUCCGCGGUCCAUUCAACGCUUCUGGUCAAAUGCCUGUGCCCGCUGGCUGGAACCAGCUCCCGUCAGGGGUUUUACAGCCUCCGCCCGCCCAAGGACCAAUGGGACCUGGCUGGAGGAAGCCGCCACCACAGGCUCAGAUGGGCCAGCGCCCCUCCCUGGCUACGGUACAGACGCCGAACCAUCCUCCACCUCCUUAUCCGUUCGGGAGUCAGCAGGCUUUCAAUACCAUGGCGCAGCAACAGCAGCAGCAGCAGCAGUUGCAGCAACAGCAGCAGCAGGCAGGAGUCAACCAGUUUGCAGCCCCUCAGCCUAAAUGCCCCCCACAAGGAGCGCCAGGUGUUCCAGGCCCAAGGGGUCCAGCACCUGUCCCACCGUCGUCUACUCCACAGGGAAGCCUGUCCGCUAAGUCACCUGGGUCAUCAUCCUCACCAUUCCAGCAGGGGUCACCCGGGACGCCUCCCAUGAUGGGUCAGGCCCAAGGUCAGCUCGGCCCUCGUCCUACCACGCCGCAAGGUUUUCCUCAAGGUGUGGGCUCACCUGGAAGAGCAGUGUUGGGUCAACCGGGGCCCAUGCAGCAAGGGUUCAUGGGAAUGCCUCAACAUGGACAGGUUCCACAAAACAAUAUGGGAGGUAUGCCCAAACGGAUGCCCAUGGGCUUCCCUAAUGUACCAGGCAAUCAAAACUUUGUCCAAGGCCAAGUGACAGCCAGUGGACCUGGGACACCUGCAGUUGGUACCAACCCCCAGGUGCAGAAUAGCCAGGGUAUGGCACACACAGGGACACAACCAUCUGUUUCAACACAAAACCACAUGCAGCCUAACCUCCUUCAUGGUGGUGUAAUGGGCCAUCAUGGUGGCAUGGCAGGUCAGACUCCAGGUGCCACUCCAGGGACCAACAUAGGCCAGCCCCAGCAAAACCUCCAGGCUCAGAUGAUGAGCAUGCAGUCUCAGCAUCAACCCAUGCCGGUAGCCUCUUCUCCAGGCCAGAUGGUGCAGGCCCAAGGAGGUGGCCAGACGGUCCUCUCCCGACCAGUCAACCCUGGGCAGAGAGGGAUGACGCCUCCAAAACAGAUGAUUCCUCAGCAAGUGCCAGGGGGUGUGAUGCCGAAUCAAGGUCAACUUGGGGGAGGCCCAGGACAUCAGGCAUUACUUCUGCAGCAGCAGCAGCAGCAACAACAACAACAACAACAACAGCAGCAGCAACAACAACAAAAUGCCAUGAUGGAACAGAUGGUGGCCAAUCAAAUGCAGGGAAACAAGCAGGCCUUUGUGCCAAAGGGUCAACCAGGGGUAAUGCAAGGGCAGAUGAUGAGGGGUCCAUCACCCAAUAUGGCGCAGUUUCAGGCUCAGAUGGGACCGCAACAGCAGCCAAUGGUCCAGCAGCAACAACAACAACAACAACAACAACAACUGGCUCAAAUGCAACAGCAGCAGUUACAGCAACAACAACAACUACAACAACAGCAACAUCAGUUACAGCAGCAGCAGCAGCAGCAACAUCAAAUGCAGCAGCAGCAGCAACAACAACAGCAGUUACAACUUCAGCAGCCACAACAGCAGCAGCAGCAGCAACAACUGCAACAGUUACAACAACAGCAGCAUCAACAAAUGCAACAGCAGCAGGCCCAACAGAUUCCCCUGAAUAAUAAUCCCAAUCAAGCAAUGGGUAUGCAUGGACCACAAAUGCGACUUCCUGGGCAUCACAUGGUCCAACAACAACAGCUGCAGCAUCAGCAGCAACAACAACAACAACAACAACAGCAGCAGCUGCAGCAGCAGAAACAGCAGCAGCAGGUCAUGCAACAACUUCAGCAACAGCAUCAGCAACAGGCUGCUCAGCAUCAGCUGGGAGAUGCUAGUGGGACUGGAGGUGAAAUGGGCCAACAGGCAAUGCUGACCGACAUGCAGACACAGCAACAGCAGCAAGGCAUGAUCGGAGGUCCUCAACACAUGCAGGUGGGGAACGGUCACUUCCCUGGACACGGUGGGAUGCCUUUCAACCCCCAGUUUGCUGGACAGAUGCCCAUGGGAGGUCCUUGUGGACAGGCAGGAGCAUUCCCUGUGAACAAGGAUGUGACGUUAACAAGUCCCCUCUUAGUGAACCUGCUGCAGAGUGAUAUAUCUGCUGGUCAGUUUGGUGGAAAACAAGGGGCUGGGAAUGCUGGUGCUAACCAGAAUAAACCUAAAAAAAAGAAACCUGCACGCAAGCCUAAGAAACCGAAAGGAGGUGAAGGACAAUUAUCAGAAGGUCUUGGUCUUGAAUCAACACCUGGCUUAGAGGACAUGGAGUUGCCAGGGAUGAGUAGUGACCAAGGAGGCGCACUGGAUCCCAAAAUGUCUGAUUUUGCUAACAGACCCGCUGGCUUUCCUGGUUCACAAGGGGAUCAAAGGGUCCUACAGCAAAUGCCACCUCAGUUUAUGGCUCCGCAACCACAACAGCAGCCACCACCACAACAGCAGCAGCCACAGCAGCAAACACCUCAGCAGCAGCAAAUGCAACAGCUUCAACAACAGCAGUUACAACAGCAGCACCAACAACAACAGCAGCACAUGCAACAGCAGCAGCAGCAGCAGCAGCAGAUCCAGCAACAGCAAAUGCAACAGCAGCAGCAGCAGGUGCACAUGCAGGGCAUGCAGUUAGCCCCAGGGCAGGCAGGACCAAUGCCUCCUCAAGGCCAGCCUCAAAUGCUCCCACAUCAGUUGCAACAGGCACAGCAUCAUCAACAGCAGCAACAGCAGCAAAUGAUAAUGAUGAUGAAAAUGCAAGAGCAGGCAAAGAACAGAAUGCCACUGCAACAGGGUGGACACCCCUCCAGGGGCCUUAUGAAUCCUGCUGAAGCUCAAAGAAUGCCUGUAUCCCAGCAGGGCAACAUGUCUGUAAUGAUCAAUCUGCAAGGGCAUGGCGGUGUGCCACCUUCCCCAGAUAAAUCAAGGGGAGUGCCUGUCAUGGUAAACCCACAGAUGGCAGGAGCUGCAAGGAGAAUGCCACAUCCAGCAGAGUCUGGGCAGGGACAAGGCGGCACCCCGGGUAUGGGAGAAGACGUUUCUGGAACACACAACAUGCAGGAAAGAGUGCCUCUAGAGAUGGGCCUUCAGGCAGGGAAUGGCUCCCAGCAACUUGUCAACCAGGGCCCCAAUCUGAUGAAGCCAGGGCCCCCGUCAGUGCCUCAGCACCCUGGAGCCAGCCCCCAGCAGCAGCAGCAACAACAACAACAACAACAGCAGCAGCAGCAGCCACCACCACAGCAGGGUUCCAUGCCAGGCUCGCAUAAUCUCCAUUUCCCCAACGUCCCUACCACCUCCCAAAGCUCUCGCCCCAAAACACCCAACCGAGCGAGCCCCAGGCCUUACCACCAUCCGCUCACUCCCACUAACCGUCCACCAAGCACCGAGCCUUCAGAAAUCAGCCUUUCACCUGAACGUUUGAAUGCUUCAAUUGCUGGUCUUUUCCCUCCAAAGAUAAACAUCCCUUUGCCUCCCAGGCAGCCCAAUCUUAACAGAGGAUUUGACCAGCAGGGUCUGAAUCCCACAACCUUGAAGGCAAUCGGACAGGCCCCACCAAGCUUGAAUCUGCCUAACAACAAUAAUAAUGCCGGUGGAAAUAAUAACGGUCAGCAGGCUUUCCCGGGAAGUGGUAACACAGGAAGUGCAGGUGGUAAACAAGACAAACAAUCUGGAGGUGGACAAGCGAAACGAGCGAGUCCUAGCAAUAGCCGACGAUCUAGCCCAGGGUCAAACAGGAAGGCUACUGCUCCCAGCCCAGGUAGACAGAAAGUGGCCAAGAUUGCGUUAACGUCCCCUUCACACCAACAGCCAAUGGUUAGCCAACAGUCUAUGAUGAGUCCCACCUCACUGCAACCAAGCCCUGUCUCGGUACCAUCAGCCUCGCCUAUGGAUGCACAGCAGAUGCAGAGCUCUUUCCAAAGUCCCCCUGGUCAGGCUGAACAUUUGAAUCAAGGGCCGACAGCAGUGCCACCAGGUGAACAACGUCAAAUGGUUCAGUCACCGAGAGACCAGACGGCUCCAAGAAUGGCAAGCCCGCGGGUUGCUCCUGUGGAAUCAAAACCUCUGGAACCUAAGAAUGUACCGGAUCAACCAGCUGCUGAGGAAAAGCAUCAAUCACAGAUAGAACCACAACAGGAUGUCGGCUCCAGUGUUCCGCCAGGUUUUAGGGAUGCCCCAACCUCUCUGAAUCAGCUGUUGGACAGUUCAAUCUCACCGUCCGUAUCAAUGAAGCCACCACAGGGUGCACCUCAGGGGACUGUAGAUUCUGCACAGAAGGAAAGCCCUCGUUCCCUAGCAGAGCAGGCAAGCCAACGGAAUCCGAGAACCCCUCAGGGCACUGAAGGUGGGGCUUCAUUGGGUCCUAGUGAGUCUAAGCUUAGUUCAACCCCAAGUCCCAAACUAAAUCUCAGCAGCAGUCCCAGCUUACACCCUCCUAGUGUUACCCUUAGCGUUAGCUCCAGUCCCACAUUCAGUCCCGGCCCCAAUUUGAACGUUAGUCCUAGUCCACAGCCUAAUAACCCUGCUGUCAGUCCGAGUCCAAAUCCCAUCCCUAAACCCAUGUCAAACAAUAUAUCAACUGUUUUGCAGAGGCCAAACCCUUCAACCGCUAUUGCCACCAAUCAGAUCACAGUGUUUGUCACCUCUAAUCCAAUCAGUUCUGCCACUAGCACUACCCCGCAGGUGCCUCCGAUGGUUUCCACUGUAGUCGCAGUUUCAAAUAAAAACCUUCAGAGACCUCUAGAGAUGAGCCAGCAGAACCCCGCCCAAACCCGCCCUGCGCAGUUCAUAACGACCCCUGUGUUUUUUCAAGUACCGGCCGCCUCGGUUCCCUCGAGUACCAAUGUGGUUUCCCAGCCAGUUACCAUGGUUGGUCCCAUUCAGGUGUCUGCUAAUAUACAGCUAACACCUGCACCCAUGGCGACUAUAACCUCAACAGCUCCGAUGUCUGUUGCAACACAUUCCUCAGCCAUGAGCUCGGCCGCCGGCCAGCCCACUGCUCGUGCCGUGGUCGGACACCUUCAGGUGCAAGUUCCCAGCACUCACGCAUCCCCAGUUGCAGCGCACCCUCCCCCUCAGCAGCCAAGCCCAGGCACUCCGAAGCAGGAGAGCCCACCAGAGGCGUCGGGCUUGAAGUCCAGUCCUGUUGCACAGGUGUCGCCUCGCCCCACGUCAUCCCCCAGUGUCACCUCCCCCUUCCAGCAGCCCUUGUCCUCUCCCCCGAUGUGCUCUAGCCCAGGCACUGCACCCAGCGCCCGAAGGAGCCCCUUGUCCCCGUUAGCCACAGGAGCUAAGAGCAAACCUGCCACUCCUGCUCCAGCUGGAAAACCUGCCGCAGUGGAGAACACGCACGUCUCUGAUAGUAGUCCCCCAGUGAAACAAGAGGUUGCUGCCCAGCAGGCGCCAAAUGCAGGCGUUGCUCCCCCGCAGGCUGCCGCUUUACCAGCAAUUCCGACUGAACCCAUCUCCUCUCCUCAGAACACUUCUUCGCCGCCUGCCCCAGCCCCUGCUGUUCCCGUUUCAGUCCCAGCUCCUGAGCCUGCGCCCCCUGCACCCAACACAGCACUUACUGCCUUGCCCACUUCACCUGCUGCUGUGCCCACUACACCCAUCCCUGCUCCCACCUCUAGUUCAGCUACUGUUCCCAUUCCUGUCCCUGUUGCCAGCCCGCCACCCUCCAGUUCCCCUGUGGGGUCAACUGUCGCUGCUGCUGCUGCUGCUGCAAGCGUCGCUGCUACUGUCCCAGGACCAACCAUCCCCACUGUUAGUUCUCCACCUGUGUCAACACUCCCACCCCUUUCUGGAGGCCAGCCCCCCUCUGCACCCAUGGAGACCAGUUUACCAGAGCCAGCAAAAUCUGUGGUACCUGUGGAAGAAGCACCAAGUGCUUCAGCUCCUGGUCAUCCUGAACCUGCCCUGAAGGAAAAGGCCUCAAGUGAAAAAAGUGGAGAAGAAGCUGCUCCUGUUGCUGAGCAAGGAUGGGCAAAGAAAAGAAAGACACCCGUCAGCUUAGUCCCCAGGGACACUAGGGGCGCUGCUGAGGCGAAGGCAAAGGGCCCCAGUCGACGCAGCUCGCGAGCAGAGAAGGAGGCGGAAGAGGAAGCUGCAGACAAUGGGCAAAGGAAGAGGACUGCCAGACCUGGAUCUGCAUCCUCCACCACAGGGAAAGAAACAAACACUGGAGCAAGCCCCACCCAGGCCAAACGAAGGAAGUCGAAGUGAUCAUGACGCGCUACACCUGUGAAAUGAAUUAUUUGUUUUUUUUCUUCUUCUGUGAAUUAAUUUUAUCUGCUGUUCCUUCAGAAUCAUGUUUUCACAGAGAAAGUAACCAUGUACAGAUAUUUGUUUUUAAAAAGAAACAAUAUUGAUGUAUUUUGUGAGGUCUUAUUUAGGUUUAGUUUUGUUUGUGUGUGUGUGUGUGUGUGUGUGUGUGUGUGUGUGUGUGUGUGUGUGUGUAUGGGCUUUGUUUUACGUUUUCUAAUGCUGGAUUAAUCAUGUGAUGAAGCCUGGUAAUUAAAAUAUCAUGUCUAUUGUAAAAUUAUGUUGCAGAACUGAAUUAAAUUUUCUACUUUUUGUCUCGUGAUGACAUUAAUAAAAAUCUGUAUGUA